AUGGCCCCUGCAGCCAUGCACGCGGCGCGCAAGUCGGCGCCGGCCACCGGCGGCGUGAAGAAGCCGCACCGCUUUCGCCCGGGCACCGUGGCGCUGCGCGAGAUCCGCAAGUACCAGAAGAGCACGGAGCUGCUCAUCCGCAAGCUCCCCUUCCAGCGCCUGGUGCGGGAGAUCGCGCAGGACUUCAAGACGGACCUCCGGUUCCAGAGCUCCGCCGUGUCGGCGCUGCAGGAGGCCGCCGAGGCAUACCUGGUGGGCCUGUUCGAGGACACCAACCUCUGCGCCAUCCACGCCAAGCGCGUCACCAUCAUGCCCAAGGACAUCCAGCUCGCCCGCCGCAUCCGUGGGGAGCGCGCCUAGGUCUCUCUGCCUCCCGCCCGCCGCCACGGUUCCUUCUCGGUUGAUCCCGCCGACGGAUCUGUUCUGCCCUGUUAGUCUAGUCUAGUCGUGCUUCGAGUUGUUAUUAAGAUUUGUUCUGUCCUGUUAGUCGUGCGCUGUUGAUUACCUGCUCGAAAAUUGGAAUGGAAGUGAUGUUAUUUAUCUUUAUAUUCCUGAGUUUAGGAUGAUCUGCCCAUAGUAUUUUCCUUUGGCU